CAGCUUGUCAUUACAUUGAGAACAGGGGAUGGUUUUUCACCCAAAGGGUUAUAAACCAAUGGAACCGCCUACCCGCUGAAGCCGUCAAUGCCAAACUCAUUGCAUAGAGUAAUGAUGGAUGAAUUUUGGUACAUUUGGCGUGGCCAGUUAUUUGUUGGCGCAAAUGACAUUGGACUAGCAACAAUAUGGUCGUGUUACAACACACUUAUCCCUGGACUUGGUGGAAGCUUGAAGAUGUCAUGUAUUGGAAAAUAUGAUGACCUUUGGUGUAAAAUAUUGAGGAGUGAACCAUGUUUAUUGUCUCAAAAAUAUCCAACACAAAUCAAAGACAAAACUAUAUCGACAUUCCAUAUUACGUCUCAUACACCGCAGUUUCUUCAGCUCGCUCAAGAAUUAACUCAAACUCAAAAGCCGUGUAUAUUGACCUCAGAGUUAGUUAACCCAAGGCUGCUUGUAGAAGUUAUCCUUGCGCCCGAGUGUGCAGAGCUCCGGCAGCUGGGCUUGAAACCUUUUCCCGAUCCUCAUCAACCCUCACUCAAUGUCAUCUUUGUAUUCAACAACUGCAUAGAGAAUGCUAUGAACAUUUAUAAUGAGUGGCGUAAUAGUGAGCUUUCUGCGAUGAAGGAGUUCUACACUCCCUCAAGUGGAUCUGAGCAGAUCAACUGUAGCACAACCUCUAAAGCUAGUUAUCAACCAAAAACAACAGAGGAUAUGAAAAAAAAAUGUAGUAUUGGGUACAAAAGUAGACGCGACAGCAGUAGUGAUACAGAAAUAGGUAAUUCAAAAGAUACAAUGAAACCUAAACAAAUGAAUACAAAAUUACCAGAGGAAAAGGAAAAUAUUAUUGAAAUAGAUGAAAAUGAAUGCUCUAUAAAUAAUAAACUGAAACAAAAAUCUCUCAUGACUGUGGAUGGAUCCACGAAGAGUAAAUAUGUCGCGGCAACACGUAUAUACCCCAAAAAGAGAGAGAAAUCCAAGCGUCUCCAACUUGGAGAAACUUUACAAAGUACAGUAGCUGGAAGGAAGAAAUCAGAUUCUUCUGUGAGCACAGCUUUAGUGCCUGAGAACACUGUCACUCAAGCUGUUACAACAAAUAGAAAGUCCAUAGAAAAUGAAGGAAAUCAAUACGUGGGAUCUCGUGCAUUUAGUAUGUUGGAUACAGUGAUGUUGAACAAUAAGUUUUGUUCGAAGAGCAUAAACAAGCCAGACUCAAUUAUACCAAGUAUGUUGAAGAGAAGUAAAAGAGAGAGUAGCUCAAAACGAAUGUCAAAUUGUAAGAAAAUUGAGAAAGCAAGUAAUGUGGAUCAUGUUCUUUCUCACCUGGUAAAGUCUGAUAUAAAUAAAAUUAGCAAAAAAGUGGAUGGAAAAAAUGAACAAGAUUUGAUAAAGGUAGAGAAAGAUAGUUGUUUACCCUCCAGUGACAAAAUUUUGAAAAAACUACCAUCAACAAAAGGGAACCAGGAAGGUAAAUACAAGAAUGUAAAAAGUGAAAAAGUGGUAAAAAUAAAAAGUAAAUCAAAUAAUGCUGAAAAAAAGGUUCCUACAAAUAAGUCUAAAAUGCUAGUCUCUAAAUGUUCACAAGUUCUUGCUGUAGGAAAACAAAAACCAGAAGUGGCAUCUCCUAAGCUAAGCAAGUCUUUAGGUAACAUAGAAAAAGGUUUUAAUGCAUCGGAAAAUAAUGAAAUAUGUAUCAAAAUUAAGUCAGGAUUUGGUAAAGUUGACCAAUUAAUUGCAGAUUUAGGAUUUAAGAGAAAGAUGAAUGAGAGGGUAGUUGACAACAUUUUGGGGCCUAGGAAGAAAAUAAAGGUAAUUGUUGAAGAUAUUAUGAAGGGUUCUGUCAAUUUAAAGGUACAAGAUGUACAGAUAAAUACGUGUAGUAAAAUUACCCAGUUAGAUGCUAACUUAAUGCCUGCAAGAAGAAAUGGUAAUGGAAUGAAAGAUGGAAUUUACAACCUAAGUGUGAAGACAGCAGUAAUCAUGAACAGUUCAGAAAACAUUAAUGUAACAAUAAUUCCAAAUGGGCAGGAGUGUAGUGCUUCAGGUAAUCAAAUAUAUAAUGAAAUAACAGAUAAAGAAGUUACAAAGCCUCUUAAUGUGGAUGGUCUUCAAACGUCUUGUCCCCGAAUAUCUCAAAAUGGUGUUGAAUCUGCUCACCAGGAAGCACCGGACUCGUCGGAAACCCACACAGAAAUUAAAAGACUACAUAAAGUGAAAGAUUAUCAACAUAAUUUCAUCAGUGAUAAUGACCCUAAGCCUGAUAGUAAUGAAAAUUUAACUAAUGGUAUUAUGGAUACAACACAAUGGCUAAACAUACAGCUACCCAUACCACUCAAAUCGAUACAAGUGCCAGAAGUUGAAAAGGCUGUAAUUCUGGAUGCUAGCAAGCUUAGCAAAGUUCAGAGCUUGACACCCAUGGAAGAUAAAUCAUUACCAAAAUCAUGUCAAGUGCGGCACCCUCCAAAAACCAAGGAUAUUUCAUCUAAUAGUUCGGAAUUUCCUUCAGUUUUAUCUACUGAUAAACUUCAUGAAAAAACAAACCACUCUUCUUUAGAUGUAAGUGAAGUGCUUGAUUAUAGCUUUAAACAUAGUGAUGGAGCUCAAAAUGAGGAAAACUUUAAAGGUGGUAAUUUUUCAGUUCAACCACUUAGGAAUUCAGAAAAUUCAAAAAUUCCAUCAAAACCUAAUAUGCUUAAAUUAAAUGCAGCUGAAGUUCUGUCUUCUAAAUCCCAAGUAAACACACCUUUAUCUCUCUUGCUUUGCAAGCUCUUUAUAAAGAGACAUCUUUCCUCAAGCUCUAACCUGUAUAUUCAAGAGAAUGGGGAUGUGUCACAGAUUUGUAAAUCAUCGGUGCUUGUUGACAAUGAUGGUAAUUGUGCAGUUGGGUUAAACCAACAUGAGAACCAGAAGGAAAAUAUAGACCAAAUAAGUUUCAAUGUAGGGCACAGGGUAAUUAUGGAUGAAAUCCAGAAAACCGGCAAUAAAGGAGAAUAUCAUAGUAUCAAUAACGUGCCUCAUAUUUGUGAACGAAAAGAAGUAAAUACCAAAGAUAUUACUACUUGUAUACCCUUGCAAUACAGUGCUUUGAAUGAGUUUGGAAAGAGUAAUAGUAGGAAUUCAUCAGAAAUUUAUAUCGCAUCUAAACAGAAUCAAUCUAAUUUGAAUUUCAAAUCAAAUGUCAAUGUACUGAAACCUACAAUUGAGGCAUACAGUAUGGUAUUGGUAAGUAAUGGGGAACAAUCCCCUAUUCUUGAUGGGCUCAAAACACUAUCACAGUUUAUAACAAAACAAAUGGUCAAGGAUCAAAAUGUUCAUUGCCAAGAUUCUGGUGUAAAAAGUAAUACAUGUGAAGGUCAGCAGCAGAGAGAUAUUUUAGAUCAACAACUCAAAGCAUUAAUUGUGAAACAAGUGAGAAAACUUAAUGGACAAUUGAAAAAUCAAAAUGGAAAAGCUUUGCCAACAAGUUUGAAUGGAGUAAAUUUUCUAUCCAAAUAUCAAAAUCCUAGGAACCUUCAGUUACCGGGUCAUUAUGAGAAUGCUAAAAAUUCUCUCGAACAUUCAAAGAAAUCCAUGACCAAUACAGAAAAUGUAAUUAUAGAAAAAUACACUUUAUCUGAUCAUAGACUGAAAUUAAGACUUUGCCCUCAAAGAACAUCGGCCUUAGCUGAAUGUGACGAUGCUUACACCUCAGAUACACAAGAUUCUUAUAAUGGAAUGUUUGUUACUAAAACUUCAAUAUUUACACCAAAUAAUUUAUACCAGCCAGACUGGAAAGAUGGUUCUUCACCAGAGUCAUCUCGGGAAUUGCAGAUGCAAAAGUACAUCCACCUUUUCAAUGCUGAUCAGCAGGAUAUUUUGAAAUUGAAGUGUUUAUUUGUUAAUCAUAAGAAGUCAUAUACUGCUCUUGAGGAGAUAGAGAAAUGUGGUGGCAGUAUAUAUAUCCGACCCUUGGUACUAGAUGAGCUUCUUUCACAUCCAUCUCUUAGGAAGCUGUGUAAUGUACCCAAAGUUCACUUUGGUGUGUACAACUCUCUUCUGGCUGUCCUGAAGGGUGGUGCCACACCUAUACUUAAAUCAAAGUGGCUACUGCUUGUGCAUCACACAGCCAUGUUGGAUGAAUCUUUUGAUAAAUUAUUAGAGAAAGUGCUGAAGGACAGAUUUUUGAAUAGCUCUCACCACCACAAUGUGUUUGUGCCCAUCCUCACCCUCAGGACCUGCACUCACAUACUAUCGACCAUUCAAAGAAGAUCAAACAGGGAGCAAGAGUUGGGUAAUAUUCUUCGGAGGAAUAUCAUUGCACUCAAUAAAUGUGUGGCAGCUGGUGCUGCUCAAAUUAUUGAUGGAGGAAACUGUUUUGCUUCAUUAAGUCCCGAGUCGCCUACUUCAGAGUUCAUAAUGUGUGUGCGUGUCAUCCACUGCUGUUUUGGAUAUGGUCAUCGCCACACUGCUGUUCUUGUUGGCAACACUAUCCCAGAAAGCGAUGCUACUCGACAGUCUUUCUACAACAUGAGCACUGUGCAAGAUAUCAACAAAGCUAUUUAUGUUAAUGACUAGCAGGGUAUGGUAAUUUACAUUGCCUAAUUAUUUGAUGGUA